CCCACGGCGCGUAAACGUGCAGGGAGUCUGGCUACGCUGUUAGAUGCUUUGCCAGCUUCAGUUUUCCUUGGCAUUUGCCCUGUGUAUUCGAAGUAUCGAAUAAUUUGUGGACACCUAGUUAUAGCCUAUUUAGUAGAAACGCAGUUUUACUUCGCGUAUUUGCUCUAAAUGUCGACGGUAACGGCGAGCUCCAAAGAAGACGUAACAAUGGUCCAGACUCCAGAGAAGACAAAAGAUGGGCACGGGCAAGAGCCAAAUGGCAAAGCAGAAGAGGGGGAUGAAAGCAUCACAACACCCGGAACGAAGCGCAAAUCCGGUAGCUCACAAGGUAGUGCCCGCAAGAAGCAGAAGAAGAACAAUUUCGCCAAGAUGGUGCAACCGAAAAAUGCGCUCAUGCAGCUGAAUGAGCUCAAGCCAGGCCUGAAGUAUUCUGUAGACUCCCAGGAAGGUCCCGCCCACCAGCCCAGCUUUGUCGUCUCCGUGGAGGUCGACGGCCAGCGUUUCACGGGUCGUGGCCAGUCAAAGCAGUUGGCGAAACACGCGGCGGCACAGGCCGCCUUGAAGUCUUUCGUGCAGUUCCGCAACGUGCCAGAAGCCUACUGGGCAAUGAGCCGCACGAUGGUCCAGUCCGGGGACUUCACCAGCGACGACGUUGAGCAAGACGACAGCAGUGGCAUCUUCAGUGGGUUCACUGCGGAAAACCCCAUUGAAGAAUUUCACCGAGACCAACUGAAGCGUUUUUCGGGUGGCAAGGACGGGGACGCAGAGAAGAAAGCUUCGAAAGCGGCCGAAGAAGCGGACAAGAAGAAUCCAGUGAUGCUGCUCAAUGAGCUGCAGCCAGGCCUGGAGUAUACGCUCGUGUCAGAGAAUGCGGCAGUGCCCACACAGCGUUUCACCAUGGCAGUUACGACGAGCAACGGCGAUGUUUACGAAGGAUGCGGUUCCAACAAGAGGCUGGCCAAGGCGGCGGCAGCACGCGCAGCGCUGCUCAAGCUGUACAACAUCAUGGCCCAUCCCUCAGGAGCACUCAAACGCGACGAGAAAGGUCCGGUCGUGGAUACCCUGCCCCAGGCACUGGCUGAUCGACUUGGCAACACGGUCAACGAGGCACUGCAGAAGGUGAUGGCCGACCGGGCGGAGAGUGCCAAGUGGAAGGUACUGGCAGGCAUCAUCAUGACCGUACCGUCGCAGGAGGCAGACAAAGAGGACGACGUGAAGGUUUUAACGGUGGCCACUGGCACAAAGUGCAUCAACGGCGAGUACAUCAGCAUGAACGGGGCAGUGCUGCAGGACUGCCACGCCGAGGUUGUGUCCCGGCGUUGUUUCAAAGACUUCCUGUACGGACAGCUCGAGCUCUGGAAGAAUGGCAAGGAGGAUGAAUCCAUCCUCGAGCAAAGGCCAGACAAAAAGGGAUUCCGCGUCAAGCCAGACAUCAAGUUCCAUUUGUACAUAAGUACAUCGCCCUGUGGAGAUGGUCGCAUUUUCUCCCCUCACGAGUUGAUGGCCGAUUCUGCGUCUCUGAAUGCGGACAAACAUCCGAAUCGUCGGGUGCGAGGGCUGCUCAGAACAAAGAUUGAAGCUGGUGAAGGGACCAUUCCACUCAGGUUGGGCCCUGUGCUGCAGACCUGGGACGGAGUGCUGCACGGUCAGCAGCGGCUGCUCACCAUGUCGUGCUCAGACAAGCUGGCCCGCUGGAACGUGCUGGGCUUGCAGGGCUCACUCCUCUCGCUCUUCAUUGAGCCCGUCUACCUGGAGAGUGUGGUGCUGGGAUCUCUGUACCACCCGUGGCACAUGCAGCGUGCCAUGUGGGGCCGCCUCGAAGGAAGUCUGCACUUGGAUGCCGAGAGCCCCUUCCAGCUUCACCGGCCUAGGCUGGGCGCCAUCUCCAGCCCCGAGUCCCGACAGGUAAACAAGUCUCCAAACUUCAGCAUCAACUGGACAGCUGGCUGUGAGGGCCCUGAAGUGGUCAAUGCGAGCACAGGCAAGACGGAGGAAGGUCAGGUGUCGCGCCUCUCCAAGCGCACGCUCUUUGACCGCUUUUGCCACUUGUGGGGCCAAGUGCCCUCCAUCGAACAUCAGGACCCCAGCCAGAAGCCCCGGCUCUAUGCAGAAGCCAAGAAGUCUGCUGGCUUGUACCAGGAGGCCAAGACACGUGUGACCGAGGCCUUCAGCGCCGCUGGCCUCGGCACUUGGGUCUCCAAACCCAUCGAGGCCGAUGAGUUUGAGCUCGACUUUUAAGCAGCAAUCGACGGUCUGCUAAGCAGUUGUCUCACUAGGAGCGAAAACGCUGAGCGUUUUCUCACACUCCCUCUCCCUUUCGGUUACAGUGGCCAUUUUGUCACCGUUAUUCAUUUUUCUGAACUCGUCGUACCACAGACUUGCUUCCUCUGCUUUGGUUUUAUCAUGGUAGUUUGUGUCUUUCCCUAGUCUGUCUCUCUCCAGCGUUUUCUGAAACAUUUUUUUCCCCCAUUAUUUCAAUCUUUUUCAUCACAAUUUUAUUGUGGAGGCAGGUCUGACGGUUACGGCUAGAAGCAUCCAUAGCUCGUAUCGUUUACUUGCGGGAAAGGUUAGUGCACAUUUGCUAGUGGCAAGCGCUUUUUGAUAUGAGCAUGUGCCAAUGGCUGCACCCGUAGUGCACGAAAGGACGCCUCUGAAAGAGUGAAUCACUAAACACAAUCCCUGGUCAUUCGAUUAAUAAACACCUUUUUUUUUUUUUUUUUUUUUUUUUUACUGUUCAGUUCCAUCGUUCGACUUUUCUUUUUUCUUGCCUGCGACUUUUCAGGUGCCACAUGUCACACAUUUCAAACCACUGUUCUCACGUUUUAUGUAGGCUUGUAAGGCAGUGUCAUCCAUCGUCACUCUCGCCUCACAGCGAUGCAUUCGGUGUUUUCAAAACCGAGUUACAUUACUUUCAGAUUGUCAUCAAACAUAACUCUACACAAGUGGCAUUGAGGCCAGUAACCUCUUGUAGAAAACUAGAUGGCAGUAAUCACACAAAAUCGAAGUCUUCGCGGCUGUUUUCUCAUUCUCGACUUUGGCUAGGACCCGCACUGCACUUGCUGUGCAAGUUUCCUGCAACCGCUUUUCAUCUUUGAAAUCUUAGUGCCUCGCUAUGCACGAGACCACACUGAGGGAAAAAAAAAUAAAUUUACAUACUUGCACGCGGAACCCUCACAAAUUAAGUUUUCAGUAAUUUUAAGGACAAGACUUUGUUAAGUUUGUUUAUUUUAUGCAGUCAUCAGUAACAACAUUACUGUAAACUUUUGCACCUUCAUGAAAGCUUUACACAGUGUCAGAACCUUGGGAAGCUUGUUUUUUUUUUUUCUCAUUUCCUUUCAUUUUGCCAGCACUGAUUAAAUCAUUCCAUUCGUUACUCCAAGAAACUAAAAGGGUGUGAGGGGGCAACAGUUGGCACUUUUGCAGUGUUUUAUUAGACUUCGCGCCUGGCCUAACCCUCAUUGCCACUUCCGUGGUAUGAAAGCAGCAGAUAUGCACACUUGGAACAGCAGCACUGUUUACAAUGCUGUUUAAAGGAGCACUGACAUAAAAAUUUUUGGCACGUUUCUGGGAGCCUGUUAGUUCUAAUACAGCACAACUAUGUCACUUCCGGGCAGCCUGCAUAGUCUGCUUGCAUUCUUUUGCCUGAUGCAUGUGCUGCAUGAUGUCGUCGUCAUCUGUGGCAGCAAUUUUCUUGAAGCUUUCCACACGUCCGCUAUGGGCACGGACUUGCAAGCAGCCACCGAAUAGUGGUCAUUUGGCACAAGCAUGGCGGAAGGGCAAAAGUGACCAUGACAUCAUCACUACCAGCUGCACCAACUCCGAGCUCAACUGCAUUGGUGUCUUCAUGAAAGUUGGGGGUCCCCUUCAGGUCCCCUAAUGAAAUUUCAAUGUCACGAGGUGCAGCGUGUAGUGCUCAGUUGCACACACAAGCUUCUAUAUUCAUUUGAAUUAUCUUCCAAGCUAUAUUCACUGUUAAGGUUCUGUACAGGUCAUACUAUCUCAGCAGUGAAAUCUUCUGUCAGUGCCCCUUUAAAACAUUUCUUUAGUCUGAACGAAUCAUAAGCACUCCUGUGUUGUGCAGGCAUUCUUGUAAAGGAGUAAGGGGAGAGAAAGAAAGAGCAAGCGCUUUCAUAGGGAUUGUGUCACUGCCAAUGGCUCUUUAUAUCAACUACAAAGUAAGCAUAUUUCACUGAAGCGAAUAGAUAGUUAAAUGUGGAGUUGAAGAGGUUAGCACUGCUACUCUCCUUGACUGCUGUUUUUCCUAAGUGGUAAUAUGAACACGAGGUUAAAAUGGUCCGUUUUUAAAAGGGUCUUUCUCCUUAUGCUAUCUAUGGUGUGUGUUGUGUAUUCUGUGGAUUUAAGAUGUUUACCAUUAUUGUGUGCAGUUCGUGAAGGCUCUGAAAUGCGUAACAGUGCUAAGUCAAUAUUGGAGUGUUAACUGCUGGAGUCUUUGAUUCUUUUGAUACACAUCUGUAGCAACUGGUCAUCACUUGAUCUAGUUGUGUUCCCCCAAGCCUUUUCUAUAUUUUUCAUACAGGAAGUGUGGAAUAUAUCUUCGUUGUCAUUUCAUUAUGGUGUUUUUUUUUACUUUUCGGCUGCUUACAUUUGCUAUAGUACAGGCUGGUGGGGUUUUGAAACAGUUGUCUGUUCUGGUUUUGGUUUGAUUCUGCUCGGAGGGAUUGCAUUGUGGAUCUGCUCCUGAACAAAAAAAAGAUUGUCUGAUUUUUUUUUUUUUGUGCACAAAAAUUCAGAGAUAAAAACUGAAUGUAUAUUUUGUCCAAAAAUGGAUUGUUAAGGAGGUUCAGCAAGAUUACAUGUGUUGCAACAUCUGAAGCAACUCUUCGUGGCAAAGGCAGUAUGACAAAAAAUGCCUCAAUGCACUGAACAUCACCUGGGAAAUCAUACAUCAAAUCUACUGUGUGAUAUGAGUAACCUUUGUUUGCGUAAAUGUAAUUUUUUAUUGCCUAGGUUGGCCAUGCCUUGCUAACCUCUAUGGCUGAUGCACAAAGGGCUACUUGAGCAAGUGUACAGUUGCGGUUGCCUUCUUCUGCAUGCAAGCAUUUCUACUGGGCUUUGAUGUAAUGCUUAAAGAAUUAUUCGCUAGUACACCAAACGGCACACCUGGAUUAGCAUUGGUCUGCCCAAAGGAUGUGCAAAUGCUGGUGUUGCCCAACAUUAGUAUUGUUUCAGAAUUCCAACCUUGCUGUUGAAUCGAAAACUGAUUACGGAACAUCUUUCUUUUUUUUUCACUCCAAAGCAAAGCACAUGGCAGUGUGUUUUGUUCCAGUCAUAAUCACCAUUUUAUUUUAACCAACUUUUCAUUUUUGGUUUUCAUUACAUUUCCGCCAUGCCGGACAGUUGUGAAAGGCAAACAGCCUUAUGAAUAUACAGGCUUCUUCCAUUAUAAAUGCGUACAGUAAGGUGAGGCAUAUAAGACUCCUCAUUUGAAGGCAGGGCUUGCCCUAAUAAAAUUGAAACUGACUGCAGUGACGGGGCCAGUCACUUUUAACAACUGAUGACAGCAGCCAAUGUGCAACCUACAUAUGCACCCUAAUAAACGGGCUCUACGUUCACUUUUCAUUGCGCUAAGCCAGAGCAUUGCAUCCACGACCAGACAAUUGAAGAUUUGAAAUGGAGUCUCAAUUUUUUUUUUUUUUUCUCAUUGACAGAAUCGCAGAAGCGCAUCCUAUCCCUACGUUAUGCGCCUCGCUUUUUCAAGUGACACUGUUGAACCACAGACUCCUAAAGCAUGCUGUUUCGCUGUUAGAGUUCGGAUCAGCCAAUUUGGGUGGGUAGGGAUAUCGCAGGCGCUGUAUGACAGUGCCCAUCACGGCAUUGGUGCUGCUAAAAUGACUGGCCCCGUUAUCGUAGCGAGUACCAAUGAAACUUUAGAAAACAAGUCCGCAGUACAAUGAUGCUCUUCUCUCAUGCUUGUACUCAUGGUCUUCACAUUUAUAGCCUCCGUAUUAAAAACAAACAUACCUAAAGUAGCAUAGGCACCUCUCUCUCUCUCAGCAUUUUCCCGCCAUUAUCAACAGUUGGGAAAACAUUCUUUUUCAGGAGAAUUUUUAUGUAACUAGAGUUGCUUUUUUGCUGCGUCCUGUUAAGGGUAUCUCCUUUAUUGAGAAUUGUUUAUACGUUACGCUCCCCUUGUCAUCUGCACGAUGCAGUGUGUGUAAAAAAGCAUCACACUAUGGGCUUUGUAGUGUUUGCAUUGGGCACAGAUUGGAGUAUACCUGUUGUUCUUGAGUGUGUGGUUUUUGACCAGUCAUUAUGACAAAGUGUCUUGACCUUGCACUUUUGUGUACAUAAAGAUGGGCUCAACGUUUUCUUUCUUCCACCCCAUGUUCUUGAAUACGACUGUACAUAUGUACUGCUAAAAUUGUGUGUGAAAUUCCAUCGUAGUGUGCUUGCCUGCGUUAUUACAAUUGGUUGCAUGGGUUUAAAUGUUUGACAGGCAAUUUUAUAACUUGAGGAAACGUUUCAUCGCAGCAGUAAACUUGUUAACUCGCAAAGCUGUGAACUGUGGCGCUGGUACCACACGUGCACACUGAAUGAUUUCCUGGUCUGCCUCAUUCUGAAGAUAUUGGGAAUGCUUGGCUGUACUCAUGCUGUAAGAUCCACUUUAUCACAGUAGACACGAUAAAGUUUCUUCAAGUCAUCUGA